CAGUAGAAACGUGGUGUAGCAACAAAGUGUGCUGGUUUUUAACGUCAGUGCUGAGCAUUUAAAGUCUGUUAUUUGGUACACGGUAAUUAGUAUUCUGUAUAAUUUGAAGCAGGAUGUCGGAAAACGAGAAGAAAUUCGACAGAAUGCUGCUGGCAAUGACUCAGCAACACGAGGGCGGUGCACAAGAGCUCCUAGACACGAUCUUCAGUUUUCUCGCGAGAAAAACGGAUUUCUAUACGGGAGGAGGCGAAGGAGCUGCAGAAAAGCUUGUUACCAGUAACUUCAAAAAAUACGAAGCUACGGCUCUUGCUAAGGCUGCCACAGAGAAAGCAGAGCGCGCUGAACAAGAAAGGAGACGUAAAGAAAAGCUUGAAAAGAAGAAAAGAGAGGAGAAAGCAGCAGCAGAGGAACAGAUGAAUUCUGAAUCCAAAAUUGUUGAAUUAACCGACGAACAGGCUAUUAAAUUACAAGAGGAAAUAGAUAAUAAAAAAGCAGCAAAGCAGGUACCCGCGAUACCUGGUCCUAGCGGCGAUAAUAGCGAUAGCAACAAGAAAGAGGAUAACUUGGAGGAUGAGGAAGAAGACGAAAAAGAAAAGAACAAACUCAGACCUAACAGUGGGAACGGUGCGGAUUUGCCAAACUACAAAUGGACUCAGACGCUUCAGGAUGUGGAGAUUAGAGUACCGCUAAAAGGAAUCUAUCCAAUUCGACCUAACGACGUCUCAGUGUUGAUCACGUUAAGACACUUGACUGUCGGUAUAAAGGGUCAACCGCCGAUCAUCGACGGCAAUUUUCCACACGAGGUCAAAGUCGAAGAAUCUACCUGGGUCAUCGAGGACGGAAAAGUGCUACUACUUAACCUGGAAAAGGUAAACAAAAUGCAGUGGUGGGCGCAUGUGGUGACCUGCGAUCCGGAAAUUAGCACGAAGAAAGUGAACCCUGAACCCAGCAAGCUGUCGGAUCUCGACGGUGAAACCAGAGGUUUGGUGGAGAAGAUGAUGUACGACCAGAGACAAAAGGAGUUAGGCCUACCAACAUCAGACGAGCAGAAGAGACAGGACGUUAUUAAAAAGUUCAUGGAGCAGCAUCCUGAAAUGGAUUUCUCAAAAUGCAAAUUCAAUUGAAACGGUCCGAUCCAACGGAGAGUGUUCGUUCGGGUUGUCGUUAUCCACUGGAAAAAAAAAUACGAAUAUAUCGAAGCACUGUCCGUGUCAGGAAAAAUCCAGCUAAGCUCCUAUUUUCCACGGUAAAUUUCGUAUAAUUUAAUAAAAAGUAUAAAAUAAAAUAGAUCGUUGGGCCGUGUAAACCUUUA